AUGGAAUAGAUUAAAAAUAUGAAGGUAUUAGAAUAAUUGGGUAAUAAUUGCUAUAGGAUAUUAAUCCAAAAUCAGUAGGCUUAAUUGGAUGUGAUUUCAAAGAGAAUGGUUCUUGCCAAUAAAUCCUAUUUAUAACUGAGAAAAUGGAUAGAAAUUCAAUAUCAUAUCAAUCAUCCGAACGUGUAGAAGUUGUACUUCUAUUGUCAUGAUUAAGAUCACGUAUAUGUUGUACGAGAAUAUAUGCCUAAGGGUUCUUUGCUGAAUUGGAUUAAGUAUGGGGAUAUUGACGAAGAGCUUUUGAACUCAAUUGCUAACUAAUUAUUUAGUGUGCAAUAAUAUUUGAAUGAGAAUCAAUUGUAUUUAGAUUUGCAAAUUGAGAAUAUCUUUUUUGAUGAGAACAACAGAAUUAAAAUAUCAAAUCUUGAGGAGAUAGAACACAAAAGCAAGAAGGCAAAUAACACAUAAUAGAUUGGUUUAAUAUUGUAUGAGUGUAUCUUCAAAAGGAAGUGCAGAUUCGAUUACGUGAUGCUAAAUGAUCAGGUGAUCAGAUAGCCCAGAGUGCUAAUAACACAGGAAAUUAAGGACAGUGUUCUAAAACUGUUAUAGGAAUAUAUAAAAUGA